AUGCAUAAAAAUAAUGAUGGUAAUAAUAUUCAGGAUAAAUUUAUUCGAUUUCAAAAUGAUUUGUGGCUUGGGAAACAUUGGUUUACUGAAUAUGAAUUAUCAAACUAUUCGGCAACUAUUUAUACCAUACCUUAUAUGUUCAAUUCUUAUGAUUUUCAAUUAGAUACUCAGAGAUAUUCGCAUCAAUUGGUGAAUACAUUUGAUAAUGCGAAAAUUUUAACAUUAUAUCAUGCAACAUUGAAAGACCCAUGUCUAUGCUAUUUUUCAAAUGUUACUUCAUUAACAAUACUUCCGUCGGAGCAGUAUUUUAAGCCUAGAUUAGGAACACAAGAUAUCAGAUCUUUGAAAAAGAUCAUUAAUUUUUCUAAUCUAAAACAUAUUGGUAUUUCAGUUAAAUUUAGAUUAAAAGAACCGUCAAUAUUAUUGAGAUUAUUACGAGACUUACAACAAUUAUCAUCAAUAGUGAUUAGCAUUCGCGCUUUAGAAGCAUUUUCAUAUGAUACAGACUUAUGUCAAUAUUUAAAUAAAACGAUUAAAAAAUUGGACAUAUACAAAUACGGUUUCUGUUCAUUUAAAACUCAUUACCAACUCGAGGAAUUUUGUAAAACGUUUUCAAAUGUUGAAGAAUUGAAGUGUAAUAUUGAUCGAAUGACUGAUUUGUUAUUUUUAUUAAAACACUUAUCAAAGUUAACUAAUUUAAAAGGUUAUCUAUGGUCGGUAAAUGAUUAUGAUUAUUUUCAUUCAUGGUUUAAAAAACAAACAUGCAAAUUAAAUAUAUUAUUUGAUAUGAAGUAUAUGGAUAAAAAAGAAACAGAACUAUCUAUUUAG